AUAUCUGUACAAUAUAUAUAUAUAUGCAUAUGUGUAUAUGUGUGUGUUUGUAUAUAUGUAUAUGUAACACAGGUCCGGGGCCGCCCGACGACAACACGCAUGCGCAUUCGCAUUCGCAUUCGGAAUUGACGGGUAAAGCAUCAAAUUUAUCGAAUAGUCGUGACACGACCACUACCACUACCACUACCACUUGUUCCGCAUGCCACACCGGAAGCCUAAAUAAUUGCUCCUCUAGCGAGGCAUCUGCAGCGUCUGCGUCUGAGCGUGAAUUCGAUUUGUGUGCAUCGUCGCCUGUGUGCGCGUGUGAUGAAUGUGCUGCCAGUGCCAAUGUGAGCGCUAGCGUUAGCGCGAGCGGUGUCAGCGCCUGCGCUAGUGCGAGCGCCACAGCCACCACCCUUGAGGCUGAUGAAUGUUAUCCUUUUACUUCUUCCUCCCUGAAUGUGCCUACAUGCCAUGCGUCCUCCGUCAUCGCAUCCGCAUCCGCCAAUGCCUACGCCUACGCCUGCACCUCUGCCGCCGAUUGCGCAUCCGCUGCCGUUGUUGCUAAUAAUGCCUCCUAUUGCUCCACAUCGGCGCCCACCUCAAUGGUCGCUGAUGAGCGUCGCCACGCUGCUGCUACUACUACUUCUACUACUACCGCUAGUAAAUUUAUUAACAGCUUUUCCAGCAGCAACAAUAACAACAACAACACUUGCAACAUAAAUAAUAAUAAUCGUUUGGGAUUGACGAUCAGUUGUAGCGGCGCUAAUAUGCUGCAACUGCAUCAGACACACCAACAGCACCACCACCACCACCACCAUCAACAACAACAAACGCAUCACCACGAACCGCUUCACUUACAGCAUCCGUUGUUGCAACAACAUCAUCAUCACCAGCACCACUCUCAUCAUCAGCAGCAGCAGUUCCAUCACCACCACCACCAUCAGCCUCAUCAUCACCAGCAUCAGUCGCCGCUAUCGGACGGUGGUGAGGGACACGAACAGCAGAACUUGAAGGGCAGCAACAGCACGUCGGAUUUGAGUGAUGCAUUCGAUUGGUGGUUUCAUAGGCAUAAAAGAAAUUCGAAAAAGAGCAGCAGUCGCUCAUCAACGUUUCAAUUAAAUAUAAACAAUGGAUUUAAUUUCACACCAACUCAUAGAUCGUCCCCAGUGAGUAGUUGUUGUGGCAGUAGUAGUCAAGGUCGUUCCAGUCCGGACACAGAUUUGGGCGAACCACCGGCAUUCCCAUUAAGUCCAGGUUAG